GUUUUGUUCGUUCCGUUACCUUGUUUGUUGGAUGAAGUGACAAACCGUCGAAAACAAUGACAGAACGCGCCAGUCAGCGCAGAACGUCCAGCGAGGUGUCUGAGCAUCCCCGACCCACCAAGCAUAUUGUGCUGGAGGACAGUGAUAGUGACGACGACGAGCGCGGUGUUGCAGGCGUGGUCGCUGCGAAACCUGUCAAAUUGGUCCAAUCGUCGUCGGACGACGUGUCAAUCGCAGCCGCUGCGAAUCCCAGCCAACCUCACCCCGUCGACCACGCGUUCUUGCAUGGCUGUGUGAUUGCGAUUGCCCCACGAGGCGUCCCGUCGAGCCAAGCGAAGGUCUUGGUGCGCCUGGCCGUCCGCUUUGGUGCCUCGCUCGCUGCUUCAACGCCGGCGCCCGCUUCGUCUUCCCCGAGCAAACCACCGCAGCGUCCUGCCCAAAGUAGCAGCCCCCAGCCAGCUGCAACGCAUCUUGUAUGUGCGGCGCGGUGGUCACUCGACAAGGCACGGGCCUCGUCCGGGCUGCCUUCUGAGCUGUUCGCAUUGCCCGGCGUGCAUGUCGUCUCGGUCGACUGGCUCAACGCGUGCUUUGUUCAAAAGCAGCAUCUGGACGAAUCGGGAUUUUCGCUGCUACCCGAGGAGGUCGAUGCACCCGUUCUUGUUUCCGAGACGUCGAGUUCCGCCACGAAAUCUGCCGCACAUCCAGAACCACCACGACGCACUCAAACCGUGGAUGCACUUGAAUUUUACAAGCCGAAAGACAAGCAAUCCGAUGAUGUCGAUCACUGCGACGACGCGACGGCUCCUGCAGCAUCCGGCAUUCGCUGGUUUACCGACGCACUUCCACCCAAACCGGCCAUUCCGAGACCGCUCGAGGACCACAUGCCGGCCGACUUUCAAAUGCCAAUGUUUGAAUGCGAGCGGUCCACCACACUUGCUAUGGCAGAGCUCAACGCCUCUGUCGCUGCGCCACUGAGUGCAUUGGCAGAGUUCUACAAGACGAGCGGCGACGACAUUCGCUACCUCGCGUUCCGACGUGCCGUUGCAUCGUUGCGGGCCUGCCCGUUUCGCAUUCGCUCGGUCGACGAGGCUCUUCGACUUCCCUUUAUCAGCGGCAAGAUUGCCCUGCUGAUUGGCGAGCAGCUCCGGCAUGGCCACGUCAAGCGCCAUCUCGAGUUGUGCAACGGCAAACUCGGCCGUACGCUCCAGCUGUUUACGCGAAUCCUCGGGGUUGGCUCCAAGCUUGCUUUGAUGUGGUAUGAAUCUGGGUACCGUACUCUGCAAGAUCUAUCCAGCCGACCACCGCGAGGCUGGCGUGCCCUUCAUUCGCUCGGUCUCGAGCUGUACAACGACAUCACACAGCAAAUCCCUCGCGCAGAGGUCGAAGAGUUUGGCGAGCUAUUCCGCCAGCAUGCAGCCCGCGUCGAUCCGAAUCUCGUCAUGACCUUUUCUGGCGGGUUUCGACGCGGGAAAUCAACUGUGAGCGAUGUCGACAUUUUGAUCACGCACGAAACAGAAGGGCUACAAAACAACAAGCUCUUUGCCAUUGUGCAGUCGCUCGAGGAAGCCGGGAUCAUCACCCACGUCUUGGAGCUGGGCCUGAACUCGCCAAAGGACGAGCGAAAUCCCAUGAUGGCGCGCACGCUCUCGAUGAAAGGGGUGCCUGCGCACGCCAGGGACUGGACGGACGACAACCUCAACUCGACCUCGGCCACCCACUCUGAAUUUGCAGUAGCUGCAGAGUCUGAAAGCGACAGCAGUGAUGGCGAACGCGCCGGUGCUGCUGUGGCCAGCAAGCCCGUCCAUUUGCGCUCCUACCACCAGUGGCGCGGGUACCGCAAGCAACUUGAUGGACCUCGCCGAGCUGCCCCUGGAGUGGGACCUUUUCAAACUGCCCCACAGCGCUCUAGCAUGGCUGUGUUGCAUCACCAUUCUUCGUCUGGCUCCGAAGGCGACGAUGACGCUGGGUGGGAGCCGCGGGGAGCAGCCGUACCAGAGAUUUCCGGCGCGGGCGAGCCUUUGGCCGCCUCGCUUGAAAGGUCAACAACGAUUCCAGACGACUACUUUUCGGCAGCACAGCGGGCCUCUUAUCACACUUCCUUUGGCUACGAAGGGAACUUUUUCUCACCCAUCAUUUCACACCAACGCCUCAACCACAACGAGCGGUGUCUGGCAGUCUUUCGCCUUCCAGGGCGUCCUCAUCGCCGUGUCGACAUCAUCUCCUGUCCGCUGCAUGAUUUCCCCUUCACUCUUCUAGGCUGGACGGGGACGGACAUAUUUGAACGAUCGAUUCGCGAGUGGGCAACGCGGAAAGGGUAUCAUCUUUCCAACCACGGACUGGAGCAUCGCACCGCGAACGUUUUCACGCCUUGCGCUACGGAAAAGGACGUGUUUGACGCGCUGGGUCUGGAAUAUCGGCAUCCGACCGAGCGGAACUGCUAGCACGGCAUUAUUUUUUGUUUGCUUUCAGACACGA